AUGGCACAAGUGACUCCACCAAGCAGCAAGGAAAAUACUCCUGGUCUUGAGCUGCCCACAUUGAAAUCGGUGGGGCUCAUGACAAUACCGGAGCUGACCAAAGCGGCAGAACAAUACCAGUUAAGAAUACCCAAGUCAGGAAAAAAGGCAGAAAAAGUAUCUGCAUUGAAGACUGCGCUAUUCGAACGCGACCCUGAGUAUUAUAAAAACUUAGGCGAGAGCCCGGACUCUCUCCUGAGCACAAACGACAGUACUAAAGACAGUCCUAAAGAGAGUACCAACAGCAGUACCAACGGCAGUAACAAAGACAGUGCCAAAGACACCACCAACAAACACAAUGAAAAUGAAGAUCGAGACUGGAAUGCUCCUCCAGUUGGGCUACCAGGCCUUUCGACAAUAAAGACUGCAGAAGAUGCGACAAAUGUAGCCCAGAAGUUGGGGAUGGGCAGCCUUACGUGGGACGGCAAACCAGAAUCCGAUUUGGAAGUUGGCGAAAUGAUCCUUGCUAUCAGAUUAGAAUUGCACAACAGGUGGCCAAAACAAUACGAAACCCCAAUAUCUACCGAGGGCAGCAGUAACAGCUCCGCUGACGCUGGGAGCGAUAACGAAAACUCUACUGUGAAGGAACAGAACUCUUUUGAAAAGGUUGACGUUCCUGAAGCGAAUGGACGCGCUGCUUCUAAGCUUGCAGUGGACACAGAUAAAUCGCUUGACAUGGAAGAUCCACGGUCAUACUUCAUCACCACCGAAACAGCAAAGACAGACUUUGAAUGGCAGAAAAAGUUCGAUCCGGUUGAAAUCCUUUGCUGUGGCGAUAAGACGCAAGGACACAGCCAUCAGCUUGAAAACGGAGAGAGCUACUACAUAAGUGGUGUCUAG